GAAAUGGAUUAUGUAAUUAAAACUGUCUAGCGUGAUGAAAUGGAGAGGGGAGGACCGGAGGCUGAAUGUGGGGAACAAGAACAGUAUUUCUUUAUUAUAUAAUGGACGGAAUCUCCAUUAUCACUACUCACUGUCACUCACCCUCUCCUCUCUGCAGUGUUCAGCAAAGUAUUUUGUUGUUUUAUGGCAGCUGCACCACACACCCCACUCUUUCCCUUUCGCAAAUCCUAACACUGCCAGCGUACCAGGGAGCUAGCGCUGUUCCCUGUACCGCAUUGGCUCUUCCCCCCCCACAACCCCAAUUCUGGUUUCCUCCAUUAACGCACAAAAAGUACCUUCUGCAUAUUCUCUCCCAUUACCGCCAUUUUCACCUCUUCAUCUGAGCUUCAGAAACCAGAAAGGAUAAACGAACAGGAAAAUGAGGAUUAAUGCGCAGAUGGAAAUGUUUUCUUCCUGUUACUGUCUCAAGCUCGUCCUUGUUCUUCUCGUGAUUUCUAGGGGUGUUUCAGGGGCUACAUUUACGUUCGUGAACCGGUGCCAAUACACAGUGUGGCCGGGCAUUCUCGCAAACGCCGGCAGCCCACUCCUCGAAAGCACUGGAUUCGAGCUCCCGAAGGGCACUUACCGCUCCUUCCAAGCUCCUACCGGCUGGUCCGGCCGCUUCUGGGGCCGGACCGGCUGCAGCUUCGACGGAUCCGGAUCCGUGCCCGACUCUUCCUCCUGCGCCACCGGAGACUGUGGGUCCGGUCAGGUCGAGUGCGUCGGCGGCGGCGGCGUCCCGCCAGUGACCCUCGCGGAGUUCACGCUUGGAUCCGGCGGGCAGGACUUCUACGACGUCAGCCUCGUCGACGGCUACAACUUACCAUUGCUGGUGGAGGCGAGCGGUGGGUCGGGCAUGUGCGGGUCGGCGGGGUGCGGGGCGGAUCUUUACCAGCAGUGCCCGCCUGAGCUGAGGGCCGACGGCGUUAAAGCGUGUAAGAGCGCGUGCGAGGCGUUUGGGCGGCCGGAGUAUUGUUGCAGCGACACGUAUAGCUCGCCGUACACGUGCCGGCCGUCGAUGUACUCGGAGUUGUUCAAAUCGGCUUGUCCCACUUCGUAUAGCUACGCCUACGAUGACGCUACCAGUACGUUUACCUGUACCGGCGCCGAUUACACGAUUACCUUUUGCCCCUCCACAGUCACCAGUCAGAAGUCAUCAACGGACUCGACGCCGAAGACGGCGACGCCAUACGGGUAUGAAACGACUGGGUCAGGGUUGUCCGGGGCUAGCACGACGGAGUCGGGGUCGGGGUCGGGUUCGGGUUCGGGUUCUGGGUCGGGAUCUGCAGAGCUAGCAGGUGGGUCUUGGUUAGCCGGAUUGGCCAUGGGAGACUCAAACCGGAACAGGGUCUCUGCAACUGCACUAAUUGCCUCUGCAACUCUCUGUCUCAUCCUCACCUUUCUUCCAUUGUAGCCUCUCUCUUUGAUAGUUUUGGUUCAGCUUUCUUUGUUUCUGGUGGAUUAAUGGAGGUCCUGAUUCCUGAAUGUGAAUUGAAAAUCAAUCAGAGAAAGUGGGUGCGCGUGCAGGCUUUGAUUGAUUUUGGGGUUUUGAAUUUUGUCAGGAAAGCUGAGCUCUGCCCAGAUUGUAAACCAUGAUCAUAUUUAAUGUCACAUAACUUUUUUUCUUUCUUUCUUUAA